AUGAACGGGAUCAGGUCGUUGGUUUUGCAAGAUCUUCCUCAUGUUUUGCCCACAAAAAGCCUCAAGGUGACUCGCAAUCUUAUCGCUAAUUAUAACAUUAAAAUCUAAUCUGAUUGUAACUUGUCGUCGUCCCACAUUCACACAACAACAUCCACGCGUCGAUUAUGGAAUUUCUUCGAGUUCUCGCCGAAGGAAGAAGCCUGUCGAAGCACGAAGAAAUGCCCCACGUCCAAGGACGUCGUUUCCUCGUCGUUUAUGUCAACAGAAAUGGUGGAAGAUGCCUCGAAAGCGAACCUUUCUCCUAUUGCUAUGGUGACUUCGUCGGUUCCUCUGCCUCCUAGGAUCCAAGGGUACCAAUUCGAUCUAAGAACAACGCCAUUGAGUUGUCUGAAGAUCCCAAAACCUCUCAAGGAAGAUAACUUGAUGUCCUUGUUGGAUGGAAAUCCUGUACCCAGGACUCUAAAAUGGAAGCUGACGGGCUACAAAACUCUUCGAAAUAAGCAGGCUGGCGACUUUGCGUUCGUGCCUGGUGGGGAAUCUUACGACUUCGACAUGAUAACUAAGAACGACUGCGGCGAAUUGCCUCUGAAACCCGAUAAAAAACCUCCCGAAAGUCCUCAGGCUGCAGCUAGCAACGUCACCGAAGACACGUUGUCUUUAACCACAAAGGCCAUCGAGAAUAAGGAACAUUCUCAGAAAAUUGAUAGCGUAGAAGCAAAAGUGGCUGAGGUAGACGAAGCAAAAGUCGAGGAACACGGUGGUGCUAGUCUGAACGACCAGAGUGUCUCGACGGUGAUGGAAUCGGUGGGUGCAGAGAUUCCAAAAACGCACAAGUUGUUGGCAACGCCAGCGAAGAUGGAGUACCUACCGAUCUCGAAGCCAGAACUGCCAGCUGUUCAGAUCAAGUGUCAAUUGCAGCCUGCUGCUCGGUACUCGUCUCGUCCUCCUAAUAGGAUACAACAGUCCUCGCCGCCAGGGUUGCAAGAAGCUGCAGAAACUCAAAACGUUGAAGGAAGAGCUGUCUUGAACCAGCAAACAGCACAGGAGUCAUUAGAAUAUAAUACAAAUACUCGAUUCGAUCCUAAAGUUUCCAAGCCGAAAGAGGUGGAAGACCAGUACAGGCCAGAAAAUAGCAUUCAGUUCUCUCCGAAAACGACUGAGAAAAAGUACAAUCUUGAAGAACCAGGCUACUUUGCGCCACGUAGCUGGAAACAAAAUGGUUCGAACGCGUUGAGUGGAGCGUCCAACCUGAACAGAUCGACGCAGGAAUCCCUGAACGCCGUUUACGAGUUCAUCACCGGAGUACCAGUAGCCAAGGCACCGCCUCUGAAGAUAUCGAGCCCAGGCCUCGGCCAGCAGACCAAGUCGUCGCCGUGCGCCGCGACGCAGGCCAGAUUGCAAGGCGCCGGAAGCCCCAACGGGUCCCAGAGGCAGUCGAACUAUGGAUUCGACGGGUCGUCCAUGUCUGGGAACUCUGGAAACGGCUCGAAGAAACCUCCAGCCUCUUAUCCGCCAUUUGUCACGAGACAGGCGUCGUCUCAUACUUUGUCUUUGCCCGAUAGGCUGCCACGGGGUCCAUCAAACGCUUCUAGGAGACCAGCGAACCCUAACAACAAGAGCUCCGCGUCGAGCAUCAGCACAGGCGCCAGGAGGUCCAGUCCCAGGAAGUGUAACGACGACUCGGAGGAUGGAAAGACCGUGUGCACGAAAUCACGCGACAACAAGUGUUCAAGGAGAAGAUCCUGCGACAGGGAUGAGAGACCCAAGUGCAAGAAGGAGUCCAAGAAGACCUGCAAGCGUUACUGUUGUCCUGCGUUGCAGACCUCUGUCGAAUGCGACUACGACAUGUUCCAGUGUCCCAAGGAUGGGAAGCAGAAGCUUAAACGCAACACAACUAGGGAUCCCACGUGUCUGCCUAACGACUCUGAGUGCAGUACUCGCGAGAGGUCCUGUGGGAACGCGUCGAAAAGGAGGAGCAGCGAGCAGCCCUGCAAGAGGGAGAGAUCUUGCGAAAGGAGAGACCAGAGCUGCGAUCGAGGACGACAGAGCUGCAAUAGGGAGAGGCAGACUUGCAAUCGGGACCGGCAGAGUUGCAAUCAAGAUAGGCAGAGUUGCAACAGAAACAGGGAAAGGUCCUGCAAGAGACAGGAGCGACGAGACUGUUCCGAGAGGGAACAGGGUCGCGUGAUCUGCACGAAACCGAGACGAAGGGAGUCCUGUGGCCGACAGAAGUGCGAGGAUCGAGACUCCAAUAGGUCCGCCAAGUGCAACGGGAGACGAAAUUACACCCAGUCGGCGUUCGCCAGGCAUUCAAACACUGUGAAACGAUUUUCAUCCGUCCCGACGCUUGGAUUCUCUCUGAUCGGUUUGAGGGUGCAGGGUAACGAGUCUAACAAGUCAUUGCUCGGGCCCCCAGCCAAGGGUAGAUUCUAUGGAAAGAAGGAGACGCCCCCGCCAAGCUGCAAAGGCACGGGUAACGACGCUAAGUCGAACAAGUGCAAGAAACCGCCUGCUAAUUGUUUGAACCAAACAUCGACCGCAGACAAAUGCAAGCAAGCACAGAGUAGGACGGAGAACAUAUGCAAACAAUCUGAGACCAAGUGCGGGGCACCGAGCAAGACUGAGGACAAAUGCAAGAGGCCUGAACCCAAGUGCGGUACACCGAGCGAGACAAACGUAUGCAAAAAGCCUGAGACCAAGUGUAGUACACCUAGUAAGACAAACGUAUGCAAAAAACCUGAGACCAAGUGUAGUACACCGAGCAAGACAAACGUAUGCAAAAAGCCUAAGACCAAGUGUAGUACACCGAGCAAGACAAAUGUAUGCAAAAAGCCUGAGACCAAGUGUAGUACACCUAGUAAGACAAACGUAUGCAAAAAGCCUGAGACCAAGUGUGGAGCACCCAGCAAGACGGAGAACAAAUGCAAAAAGCCUGAAACCAAGUGCGGGACAUCAUCGAGUAAGACAAACGUAUGCAAAAGGCCCGAGAACAAGUGUGGGGCACAACAGAGCAAGACGGAGAACAAAUGCAAAAAGCCUGAGACCAAGUGCGGGACACCGAGCAAGACAAACGUAUGUAAAAGGCCCGAGAACAAGUGUGGUGCACAGAGCAAAACGGAGAACAAAUGCAAACCGUCAGAAAAUAAGUGCGGGGGAACGCGGAAGGCUGAGAACAAGUGUAAAUCGCCCUCCGGCGUAUCGAAACCGGAGAAGCCGGGUCCCUGUGAGCAGUCCGGGAGCAAAUCCGACGACUACUGUUCCAGGAGGAGGGCAGAGGUGUGCAAAGACAAGAAAUCAGCGUCCUCGAAGGAGGAGUCCGCGAAGGACAGGACGCAAAGGGAACUGAAAGAGAUGCAGGAGUGCAAGAAGGACAUCGGCAAACGGGACAAGAACAAGAAUAAGGAUGAAAAGAAGGCUGCGCCCACCGGUUUGGAGCGUGUCGUCAGCCCCUGCAAACAGAGGCAGCAGAAAAAUAAGACCGACAAGUGUUCGACAUCGUCGAAGAAAUUGGCGUGCAUCGGCACCGCGUUGAACUGUUUGGUCAACACGGAUACUGCAACGUUUAUGAAGCAGGACAGCAGAUCGUUCAGCAAUCUAUCGGAUCGAUCGUACUCUGCUGCAAAGUACAGUCAGGAAUCGUCUUCGAAUCAGCGGAAAGGCUUUUGGGCAUUCGACGGAGACAGUGGUAUUGAAUAUGAUAUCGAGCCUCUUCCAAUCGCCGUAGAGAAUCAGGAAGAACCGCCCGAGGACAACUCGUACGCUCGAAGUUGGUUCCUAUCCUGGUUUCAGAAUUGA